AUGCUCCCCGGGCGCGUGGUCGGCGCCGGCGCAUUGGGAAUGCAGCCCGGUCACGGAAUGGAGGAGGCGCUGAUAGUGGUGGGAUUGGCGGGAGGGCUUAUCUAUGGCGGGGCGUGCCUGGGUGGGUACGCGCUACGCUACCUGGCGCUGGUGGAGUGGUGGGUGGUGGGAAUGCUGUGGGUGAGGGUUGGGGGUGAGGGGAGUAGGAGUGAGGUCAUGGGAGGUUGGCUAUUGACUGGAUUGAUCGUUGAUGGGGGAUAA